AGUAUUUUAAGCAGAAGAAGCAUCAAGUGGUAAUUAAGAUGAGAAUUAAUGGUGGGUUCCUUGUGACAAUGAAAAUCUUUUAAACUUAAAUCUGUGAACUGUGCAGGAAAUCUCAUUGUUUUGUUUUCCUCUGGCUCUUCUUUUUUCAGUAUUAACAGAAGUCAUGCAGUGACACCUGCUAAGAUUUGGUAGCCAUGUCGGAGCCCCACAGGGUCCAUUUCACCUCGCUCCCAGGUUCUCUGAAUCCUGCAUUUUUGAAGAAAUCCCGGAAAGAGGAGGUUGGGGAAGCAGAGCAGCAUCAGGACUCUGAGCCACCUGCUGCAGCUGUUCGUAUUACACUCACCCUCUUCGAGCCAGAUCACAAACGCUGCCCAGAGUUCUUCUACCCAGAGCUGGUGAAGAACAUUCGAGGGAAGGUGAAAGGCCUUCAGGUCACAGAAAAGAAGAAAGAUCUUUUGGAUCCUUUCAAUGAUGAAGAAAAGGAAAAGCAUAAAGUGGAGGCCCUUGCCCGAAAAUUUGAAGAAAAAUAUGGUGGAAAGAAACGUAGAAAAGACCGACUACAGGACCUGAUUGAUAUGGGGUAUGGUUAUGAUGAAUCUGAUUCCUUCAUCGAUAAUUCUGAGGCAUAUGAUGAGCUUGUUCCAGCUUCCUUGACUACCAAGUAUGGAGGAUUUUACAUUAAUUCAGGAACCCUGCAGUUUCGACAAGCAUCAGAAUCUGAGGAUGACUUCAUUAAAGAAAAGAAGAAAAAAUCUCCAAAGAAGCGGAAGUUAAAGGAAGGUGGUGAGAAGAUAAAGAAGAAGAAAAAAGAUGACAGUUAUGACAAGGAGAAGAAAUCGAAAAAGUCCAAGUUUUCCAAAGCCGGCUUCACAGCCCUCAAUGCCAGUAAGGAGAAGAAGAAAAAGAAAUAUUCUGGGGCUUUGAGCGUGAAAGAGAUGCUAAAGAAAUUUCAGAAGGAGAAAGAGGCUCAAAAGAAGAGGGACGAAGAUCACAAGACUGUGGUGGUCUCUGCAGCUGAGUCUCAGACCCUCCGGGAAUUGGAGGGCACCUCUGACCCCUUGCUCUCACUUUUUGGCUCCACUUCUGACAACGACUUGCUCCAGGCAGCCACUGCCAUGGACUCACUUACUGAUCUGGACUUGGAACAGCUCCUCAGUGAGUCUCCAGAAGGAAGCCCCUUCCAUGACAUGGAGGAGGAGAGCGAUUCCCUUGGGGUGGGACUGGACCAGGAAUUCAGGCAGCCCUCUUCCUUUCCUGAAGGCCUGCCCACGCCCCUGGAGAAGCGCAUUAAGGAGUUGGCUCAGGCUGCCAGAGCUGCUGAGGGGGAGAGCAGACAGAAGUUCUUUACACAAGAUAUUAAUGGCAUCCUGCUAGACAUAGAGGUGCAGACUCGGGAGCUGAGUAGUCAGAUUCGUUCUGGUGUCUAUGCCUAUCUUGCUUCAUUCCUGCCCUGCAGCAAAGAUACUCUGGUCAAACGUGCUCGGAAACUUCACCUUUAUGAGCAGGGGGGGCGGCUAAAGGAGCCUCUCCAGAAGCUUAAGGAAGCCAUUGGCAGGGCAAUGCCAGAGCAGAUGACCAAGUACCAAGAUGAAUGCCAGGCACACACACAAGCCAAGGUGUCUAAGAUGCUAGAAGAGGAGAAAGACAAGGAGCAGAGAGAACGGAUUUGUUCUGAUGAGGAAGAUGAAGAAAGGGGGGGCAGGAGGAUAAUGGGACCCCGGAAGAAGUUCCAGUGGAAUGAUGAAAUCAGGGAGCUGCUCUGCCACCUGGUGAAGAUCAAACUGGAGAGCUAUGAUCUGGAGAGGAACAACAAAGCGCAGUCCUUGGAGGACUACAUGAAGGUCUUUCUGGAUGCUGAGGUCAAGCCUCUGUGGCCCAAAGGCUGGAUGCAGGCCAGGACUCUGUUCAAGGAGAGCAGGCGAGGCCACGGGCACCUGACCUCAAUCCUGGCCAAGAAGAAAGUCAUGGCUCCUCCUAAAAUCAAAGUGAAGGAAUCGUGUGUCAAGCCUGAUAAAAAGGUUUUGGUCCCAUCAGGUCAGACUGGCGGCCCCCUUGCUUUGCCUUCAGAACACUUGGGAGGAGGCCAGAGCUCUGGGUGUGUGAACAGGGAGCUUUCAUGCCAGGCAUCAGGCAACCUUGUCAACACAGCCGUGCCUGUCAACCUAGAGGAACCGUCGGAGGGUGACUUGAUCCAUAAUUCCACUUCCUCCUUGGAGGCUGUGUCCAAGGAACUGGCAGCGCUGAACAGCAGGGCCUCUGGGAGCUCUGAGUUCACACUCCCCACACCUUCAAAGGCGCCUGUGGAAAAAAUCACGGGUAUUAUAUGUACUGAAGAAAAAAGGAACUUUGCAAAACCCAGCCCUUCUGCUCCUCCACCCUCCAGCUCGCUUCAUUCACCCCUCAACUUUCUGGCCGAACAAGCUCUGGCACAGUCUUCUCAGGAGAAGAAACCAGAGAGUUCUGGCUACAAAGAGUUGUCUUGUCAGACUUCCAUCAACAAGGGCCUGCCAGAAGUGCACCAACCCAAAACAAAACACCACGGUGUGCCACGGACGUCUCAUGUACCCCAGGCAACUCCCCUGCCCAAUCCCCAAGUAAAAGUCUUUCAUGCAGGCUCUCAGCAGAAGAACUUCCCCUCCCCAGCUCCAUUGGUCAGUAAGCUCCAGGGCCCCAAGGCUCCAUCCCCACAGUGUCAUCGAUCCCUCCUCCAGCUUGUAAAGACACCUGCUAAAGGCCAGGGCUUCCAUUCCUCCACACCCUCCUCCUCAGGAGGCUUGUCAGCCACCAGCAGCAGCUCUCAUAAAACCACCAUCUCCACCACCACCACCCUGAGCCACCCAGCAAAGCAGCAUGGAGCCAGCUCUUCCUCACCAGCUUACAAGAGCAGCGCCUUUGCCAGCUCCGUUUCCAAACACUGCGUCCCUCCUGGCAGCUCCUCCUCUGGAGGAAUGUCCAUUCAGGGCUCAACUUCCGGGGGCCUACUCCCUGGAGUGCAGCCUUCGACCACGGGACAGUCUUCCAGCCGUCCCAUCCCUGGUGCCGCCGUGAAAAAGCCACCUGUGUCCCAGAAACUGACACUGGUGGCUCCUCCUGGGGGGCCAAAUGGAGACUCUAGUGGUGGGACCCAGGGAGUGGCCAAGUUACUGACCUCCUCCUUGAAGCCUAGCACAGUUAGCAGCGCCACCUCAUCUACCUCCUUGCCAAAAGGAACAAGUGGGGCUGUGCUGCUGACCAGUUCAUCUCCCUUAAACCUGCUGCCUUCAUCCUACAAGGCGGGCAGCCCCAAGCUGCCAGGGGCCAUGAGCUCCAGCUCCCUGGGGAUCAUCUCCCAGUUCCCUCUCCAUGUGCUCUCCUUCAACGCUGACACCUCUGCCAAAGCAGGGGUCUCCAAGGAUGCAAUCGUCACAGGUCCUGCCCCUGGGACCUUCCACCACGGCCUGAGUCACAGUCUCCUGGCUGGCUUGCACUCCAGCCCACCCCGUGCAGCGCCUCUCCCGCACGCUGCCGUGUCCACCCACCUCCCGCAGAGUUUGCCAGAUACUUCUCAGCUUCAUGGGAAAGGGCCUGGCGUCCCACGGAAAUUGUGACCGCUUCUAGGAAAGGCCCACUGACUUGGAUCUGGGUGGAAGCUGACCUUGUAGGUCUUGGAAUCUAGAUCAUUGCUAUGCUCUUUGUGCUCAUGGUUUUCUUCUGAAGAAGGCGUGAGUGCUAUUGGCACUUGUGAUGUGCCUUCUAUGAGGGGAGCUGCCCUGUGUGUCUCUGGGGCACUAACUGGCUGGUUCUCCAGGCUGCCUGCUGUGGUGGACACUCCCUGGAGGGGCAACUCUAGGCUGGGGUGUGCUUUAGGCACAGAGCCCUGUUGUCAGGGCAGAGCUGUUGGCACACCUGUGUUUGAUACCUAUCCUGAGCCCUAGCACCUGGUCAGAGUACCUCACUGCGCCCUCCUGGUCAGGGCCUCCUUCUGGCCACAGACAGCUCCCUGGAUGUCACAGAGUCUGUCUUCCCCUCAGGCUGUAUGCUCCACAAGACACCAGCCCACCCAGGCUGAGGCCACAGCUUGGAAACAUGGCUUGUUUGGAAACAGAUUACUUUCAUCAUGGUCGGGGCUGAGUUCCUCUGCUGAAAAUGACAAUGAAGCUCUUCUGGAGAAAAGACUUUGUAGAUUCAACCAUUGUGAUAGGAUUUUUAAAGACUUAUUUUUGGCUCAGUUUUCAUCAUUACCAUUAAAUGCAUUGGAUCGAAAGGGACUGUUCUUCGUCAUGUUCUCGGAAGACAUAAUUCCAGUGCCUUUAUGCUGGAGCAGCACAGACCACACAGCCAUUCGGCCCUCUGAGUGGAUCUCAGAUGAAGACCUUUUUUUAAACAUAAGUCUGCAUUUCAGACAUAGCCGUGUGCUUUAACCUUUAACAAGUUUUUUAUGAUUGCACAUCAUAAUCUGUGUCAUCCUGACUUGAAGGUCGCCUGGGCCCCCUAAGUCCCUCAUCCAGGUCUCGAUUCAGCCAGCUUGUUUUUCUAGAUUCAUACAGGUGGACUGUAAGGAGUCAAAAGCCCGUUUUCAUCUCUGAGGACUGAGGAUACAGGGGUCCCGCGUCCCAGACAGACAUUCCAGUUGGUUGAGAAUCCUUUUCAGGCAGAGCUGCAGGACUGCUUUCUGAAGCACCUGCCCUGUGAAUCAGGCCUGCAAGUCCUAGGGAGUUUCAGGCUGUGGGGCCUGCACUGGCUGUAGGGGUGGUAUGCCAAGUGCAGACGACAGACUGGGACAGUUGCCUGGGAGCUGUUCAUGCUCACCAGUGGCUAUUUCACAAGGAGUAUGAGGGAGACGGCUGCCCUGUGAAGUCUGUCAGAGCUGUGUUCAUGUCCACUACUUCAGCCAAGUGGUCUCAAGUGAGUUGGGUGAGCAGCAGUCUCACAAUAUGAUGACACAGUUUUUUGCCUGGUUUCAUGGGGAUCCUGACAUCUGCCAGCUAUCCGGCCUACUCUGACUUUUUUUGUGUAAGAACGAAUCUGUUUGACAUCGAGUUAAGUGAAUUCCAUAUCCCAUAUCCCUUUGUUAUAUAUAUUUUUUGCCACUCGGAUUUCCAGUUUGUUUACAGAAUAGUCUUAGGUAGUAGCAAAAGAGCCAAAGAAGAGAUUUGUAAUGCUGAGCUCAAAGCUGAGCAGAGGCCGUCCAUGACCGCUAAGAGAGCAGUGGAGAUUUUCCAGGCUUCUUGGCCCAAGGACACCUGGGGACCGUAGCCCGGGACCAACCCAACCCCUGUCCCCUCCCACAGGCUCCCUUUCCAUGUAUCAUUGUGAGUGCAGCUGGAGCAAAAUUCUCUCCUUUCUAGGAAUCUAGUUGAUGCCUCUUGCCUCAGGGAAUUGUUUCUUUGAUGGGGAGUUUAUGGGAUUUCUUUUUCCUGUUAAUGCUUUAUUUGUGGGAACGAGCGAGUGAGUGACUUAUACUGCCAGGCUAGGCAGACAGGCAGGGCAGGCUACAGGGCCUGGGGCUGCGGCACUUCGGGCUUUUCUUGGCGCAGCCCUUUUUUAAGUGUGAGAGGAACUGUGGCUUGGUGCAGCGACUAUAUUGGUGUUCGGGGUGGUUGUGGAAUUGUUAAUCUUGUAUAAAGCAACUCAAUAAAUUGUUUCAAGGUUUCCAAA